GAAGCAAGUCCUGGCUGUUUAAGGGCGCACAUCGAUCGUAGUACUUAGCGACAUAGCAGACCAUUGAAUAAAGCUGUAAAUCUAUCACGAGUCUGUCUCCUCCGAAGUGAAUCUUGUUUGGGGCAGGGCCAUGUGAGGAAUACAGCGACGGUAAAUGGCCAGUCAGUUUAAAGUUCUUCUCUCUCUCAAACGGAAGGAGGGCGGCGGUGGGGUGUUCUAUAAACACGAUGGGGAGAGGUUCACACAACCCCAUACCCUCAAACUGAACCAAAACACGGACUAUGUCGUCACCGUACAAUCCAACAGAAAACUCAGAGACCUAAUGAUUCACGGAGAAAGAUGCGAACUUACGGAGGUGAAGCGGGACAAAUCGAACUCUUCCGAUGAUUCCUUAAAAUUUUCCGCCAAUUUUAACACCACUGGGUACGCCGCGGAAAAGAGGAAAGGGCGGAAGGACAUUGCGAUAGCGCUAAUGUUUGAUGGUGGUGCCACAUUAACAGUCUUACUUCAGUGUAAGUUUUACAGUCAGAGUGAGAUUGAACAUUGUAGGUGGGGCUCUUGUCUCACCUGGAUUGAGUACGACUGCACUUUGACCGAAGGCCAAACGGGGGUUCGAGUCAACAAACACAAAUUUGUAUGACAACAUCCAUGGCAGUAUAAAUCGUUUUGUCGAAUGUUUUAAUUAAUACUACUGGUCAAAACUGGGUUACAUAAUAGUAACCCUGACCAGUUUUUACAUACAAUUCACAAUUAUGAUUGAAGGAAAGGUUUAAAGACAAUUCAGUCUAACUCGCUGUUUAUAUACAAUUUAUUAUGUUUUUACUGUAUCUGUAUUAUUUUAAUUUUAAUAAAAUAUAUUUUAAUUCUAAAAUUUUUACAAUGCUAUAUUUUUUCUCAAUUAUACAUACAAUAUAUAACCGUGUUAUUAUUUCUUAAGCUGUAUUAUUUUACGUGUAAUUAAAAUCCAUUGGCAUUUUUGUUUUCUUUACAAAUAAAGAAUGGAAAUUUA